CCCACCCCUCAAGGCCGCGGCGUUUGGUUGCACACAGGCUGCAGUUUCAGUUUGUUUUAUUCACCAUUUUGAGUAGCUGAAGGUAAAAAAAAAUAAGAAUAUUUGCGUUUGGGGUGCAAGUCGCUGCCAUACUUUUAUUUUCACGCGCUCUCUCGGACGGUGGAGUUGUGCGUCAGACCUCGUUCCCGUCGGUGUUUUGCAGAGCGGGAAUCUAUAUUUCUUUUUUUUUUCUCCUCUUCCCCCCCUCUCCUGUGCUUUUUCUUCUCCCCCCCUUUUCUUACAUCCUUUAACCUCUACAGUAUUCCUGCAAAAUGUCAAGACCAGUGAGGAACAGGAAGGUGGUGAACUACUCACAAUUCAACGAAUCUGACGAUGCAGAUGAGGAGUAUGGUGACGACAAGCCUAAGAAGGUGCGCACAGCCCCUCGUGAGCCCAAGCACAAGCGCUCAAAGAACUCACAGGAUGACAGUGAGGACUCCGAUGACAAGCUCUCCAAAUCUAAAAAUGAUUCAGCAGACGACUUUGGCAGCGAGGAGGAGGACAAUGAAUUUGGAGAGGAAGAAGAGGAAGAUGGAGGAAGUGACUAUGAAGAGAAAAAAGGGAAAAAGGGAAAGAAAGCCAAGGUGGAGAAGCCCAGCAAAAGGGGGCCAAAGAGAAAACGGGCUGCAGAUGACAGCGACGACGACAGGGAAGUGAGUCGAAAGCGUACAGUGCGUCAGGCGGCCUCCAAGGCUGUGUCCAAACAGAGAGAGAUCCUUCUUGGUGAUGGAGGCAGCGAGGACGAGGAGCACGAAGACCAAGAGGAGCCCUACCUGGACCCUGACGAGUCUGGGAGCGACGAGGACUUCAUGGUGGAGGACGAUGACGACAGCGACUACGGCCGCUCCAAGAAGAGAAGCAAGAAAGUGAUUCGACGGGGACGGCCAGACAAGAAAGAGAAGAAAAGUCCCAAACCCCGACUAAAGGCUACAGUGACCCCCAGCCCGAUGAAAGGAAAGGGGAAGGGGCGCCCCAGCACCAAGGCCGUGGAGAAGAGCUCACCCAAAGAAGAGGAGGAGGAGGAGCCCGAAAGCCCCCUGGAGGAAGAGGAGGAGGAGGCAGAGAAGAAGGAGACCUCCCCAGCCCCCAAGACGACAAAGGAGGCCGCGGGAGGAGACGAGGAGGAGGAGGACGAGGAGGAGGAGGACGGCUCAGAAGAGGAGGCGCCCUCUGGAGAAGACUAGAAGAUGGUUCCCGUUUGAAGCCCAUCCUCGACGUCUCUCUCUCUGUCUCUUCCCAACGUUUUUUGUUUUAUUUUGUUGUGAUUCUGCAUUAGGAGAGCAACAAAGUUUGAGUUUUAUUUUUUAUUUUUUUUUUUCUGUCCCGGUGGCCUGGCUCAAUGGUUUGGACUUGAUGUGCUUCGCCCCCCUUCCUCCUCCUCCCUCCUCCUCCUCCUCCCCCCUCCUCCCUCCCCGCCCUCUUUAGCGCCCUUCAACCGAGACAAUGUGCUUACGUGACCAUACACUAUAUGUAAGGAAGUUGUAUCCUCAGCAGCCUCUUUCACCCCUCUAUCCUCUUUAUAUUUUAGGUCUUUAUCCUCGUGAGCAUCCGUCCCGAGUGUGAACAAACCAGCUCACUAGUGUUUGUUUCUCCUCUUUCUACUUUUACUCUUGUUUGCUUCACUGAUACGUGCAACCUUUUUUUUUUUUUUUUUUUUUUUUGUGGGGGGUGGUUGUAUCAGUAAGCAAAGCGCUGUAUUUUCCAAAGCACCGUGAAGUCGACUCAUGUAGGGGGCGGAGCCUGCGCCAUCUCUUUGGUACUGCUUUUAACUGGGCGUGCAGCUGCUGCUUCGUAGAUCAAUUACAAGUCGUAGACCCGAGCGUUUGCUACACACGCCGGACUGCUUUUGUUUGUUUUUUUUUUCCUCCAGACACCGUGUGUGCGUGCGUGCGUGCGUGUGUGUGUAUGCGUAUGCGUGUUUUAUGCUCAUGAUUAAAUUUGUAUGCUUGUGGGGUUACUUCCUGUGUUAUUGUUUUAUUUUUCCUCUAUUCUCAGCCCAUCAGCUGCCUUUGUGAAACACAUUCUGUUGUAUGUUGGGCUUUCUAAUGAUCUAAUGAUGAUGCACCAUGCUACGUGAAGCGACCCCCUCCAUUCGAAACACACGCCCCCCACCCCCGCCCUCCCCUCCCUCCGCCCUACACACCUCCCUCUGCAUGGCUACAGCAUCUUCUCAACAUUCAGCCCCUUGUGCCAGGCACCCUAAAGUAUUUUUUAUUUUUUAAGAAGGCAAGCGCAGAGAUGUCUCUUCUCCCCGUUUGUUUUUGUUUUGUUUGCUUGUUUUUUUUUUUUUUUUCCUUUUCUUUGACAGUUAAAAACAAGAAUGUUGUUUUUUUUUUUUUCUCCUGUUGGUUCAUUGUUCUAAUUCUCUAUUCAGAUUUUUUUUUGUAAUGUUUGUUUUUUAAGAAAAGAAAUAAAAUGUAUCUUGAUUUUAAAGAAAAAAUUUGACCCCUUUCAAUCUGUUUAGCCUGACGGUCGGAGCGGCCAUCUUUCCCCUACCUGUCUUUUCAUUCAUUUUCCUCCUCCUCCUCCUCCUCCUCCUCCUCCUCCUCCUCUGCCACUCCCAUCAGCUUAAUGGUUACUGUUGGUAUCCAUGUCUGUUUCUUCAAGGCUGUUUUUCCACAUGAGUAUUUCACACGGAUAUGUUACCUGUAUUUCUUUUGUUUGUUUGUUUUUUGUACACUACUGAGGCUCACAGUCGAUUAAAAGCCGCCUCGGUUUGUAUCUGCUACUCGUUCUCGUCUGUUACUGCCUUAAUUUUCAUUGAGUUGAGUUUCGGUAGUGGCUCUGACAUCACCACUGGAGGCCCGAGAAUGUAAUCUGUUCCUCACGUUUUAGGUAUUUGCUACAAGAGGGCAAAAAAAAAAAAAAAUUAGGCUUAAAACUAGUCGGCGAUUUGUAUGAUCAUCCAAAGCCAUACGCGAUCUUAAAACUAGUGACUCGGAGAUCAGGUGCAGCACUCGUGAGACGAACCCGUUUUGCGAUGAGUAGCGUUUGACAUCAAAGCAAAAAAAAGCAAAAAAAAAAUAUAUAAAAAUAAAAAAAAAGUGCUAUUGCGAUCUUGGGAAUGUGUUUUCAUGUUGAGUCGUCCCAAGUCUGCAAUAGGGAGUCAGUCCUGGAUGCCUGCAGGACACACUUGAACCUAGUCCUUGGUUUAGAAGCACAUUGGAUUGUUUUUCCGAGUCCUCGUUAGCAGGUUAGUGUGUUUUCCAGCUCCUAAAUUGGCGCCAACUCUGUACCGUCAUUUUAACAUGAUUGGACUUGAAUAAGAACAUAUUAAGAGGAAAAGAAAAAAAAAGUAUUUCUACAGAUUUAAAGCUCCGAGAGCUGUUUGCAGUACGAUCAAAUACUGUCUUGUAGUUAACAGCACUGAGGGCUUGAAUGAGGUACCUCUUCAUAAUCCUAAAAGAGGCACAUGGCAUAAGGCUAUGAAUUUCUCCUCUUUCAUCCGUUCUACGGUUUCUUAUGUUGUACUGUUUCUUUCUUUUGUUUUUUUUUUUGUUGUUUUCUAUCAACCUUCAGUUGUACUGGCAAUGUAAAUGUAAGCCAAAUUGUGAUUCCUACAGGAGACCAAGUGGAGAAGCUUUUGUCAGUAGUGCGGGAAAGGAUCGCUGAACUCUUGAAUCUUUUUGCAUGUUGUGGAAAAAAAAAAGUGUGACGCGACGAUGAUGAUGAUGACGAUGCUGAUGCUGGUAAUGGCAAUAUUGUGGUCUUACAAAAAAAGAAGUAUUAACGACGAUGUUGAUAAUGUUUUGGUUUCCCAGCUUCUAAUAAAGGCAACCUACUUUUUAUACAGAUUAAACUA